AUGGUCCCGUUACUUUUAGGUGAAAAUUUAGAGCUCAAACAAGAAUUAAAUUCCGACAGUGUAUUUGACAAACGCGAGGCGCUACGCAGGAUCAUUGCAAACGUCACCCUUGGAAAGGACGUUUCGUUUUUAUUCCCCGAUGUCAUAAAAUGCAUCCAAACCGAAGAUCUUGAGAUAAGGAAGCUCGUCUAUUUAUAUUUAAUGAAUUAUGCAAAUUCACACCCGGAUUUGGUUAUUCUUUCCAUCAAUUCCUUUUGCAAGGAUAUAGAGCAUCCAAAUCCAUUAAUAAGGGCGCUUGCCAUCAGAACAAUGGGGUGUUUAAACGUCGAUACUGUAACCGAUUAUCUGUGCAUUCCACUUAAAAAGUCCGUAUUGGUAAGCCUAGUGCCCAUUAUUUCGUUUCAGGACAAAUCGGCAUAUGUUCGGAAAACGGCCGCACUUGGCAUUGCUAAGAUUAAUGCGGUCGCACCCCAAUUGAUUGAGGACCAUUCCUUUAAGGAGAUACUAUUGGAUUUGAUCUUCGACCCCAACCCCAAUGUGAAUGCAAAUGCAAUUUCUGCGCUUUCUGAAAUCUCUGAAGCCAGCCACGAAACCGGGGGGAUUGAUCUAAAUUUUUCGGCGCUCUCCAAGCUUCUUUCAUCUCUGAAUGAGUGUACCGAAUGGGGCCAAAUCGGGAUCCUAGACGCGCUUACAACAUUUAUCCCAUCUUCAGACGUUGAAGCUGCCUCGAUUAUUGAUAAAGUAUACCCAAGACUGCAACAUUCAAAUCCCUCCGUUGUCAUUUCAACGAUUAAAAUCCUACUGGUCCAGCAGUCAUUUAUUAAGGAUGAGGCAUUGUAUGAAAAUACGCGCGACACGACCAGAAAGAAGUUGAUGCCAAUUUUAAAAUCGCUUCUCAACCACUCGUAUCCCGAAAUCCAAUAUUUGCUUUUCACAAACUUGUCUGUGAUUUUGAACUCCAUUUUUGCAAAAGGAGAGCUUGCCAUUGAUUUUCGCAUCUUUUUCUGCAUGUUUAACGACCCGCUUUAUGUCAAAUUUGAAAAGCUUUCAGCCCUGAUCGCUUGUUCCGCAGAAGAUAACUUUUCAUCCAUACUUGAUGAAUUGGAAGAAUACUCAAAGGAUAUUGACCAGCUCUUUUCCCUGAAAGCAAUCCAGGCAAUUGGCAGCAUUGGUUGCAAAUCGGAAAAGGUCGCUCCAAGGUGCAUCUCGUUUUUGAUAUCCCUUUUAAAACCAACACAAUCCCCUUCCCCAUCAAUUGUUGAGCAAAGCAUUGUGUCUUUAAAGAAAUACCACACCGAGAUGCUGUAUUUACUUGACCUUGAAUUUUUAUUUUCCUAUCUCAAUACGGUCCUGGACCCAGAGGCCAAAAAUGCACUUGCCUGGUUUUUUGGUGAAUUUUGCUAUUUGGUCGUUAAUAUCGAACAUUACUACACGCUUUUCCUUUGCCAGUUUCUUGAGGAAACGCAUCAGACCCAAGGCUAUAUCUUGGAUGCCUUUGUAAAGGCAUCUCUAUUGUUGGGAGAUGAGAAAACAUCUUCAGGAUACUUGAAAGAUUUGUUUGAAAUCGUUUUGAACAACGUUGACGUUCCCUCCAUUAGAGACAGGGCGUUCAUUUACUGGAGAGUCCUUUCUUUGCACCCCGAAUUGGCAAAAGAGACCUUUUUGGACAGCAAGCAAGCGCUAGACAAAAUGUGCAAUGACUUGCCAACAGAGCACAAAGCGGCGCAAUGCAAAUUGAUAGGAUCGAUCGCAUCCAUGUUGCCUGAACAGGAUUUGAAAUUUUCGGCAUUCUUUGCGAGAUCUGCCGUGUUCGCUGGGCAUGCGAACAGAGACUCCCAAUCUGAGUUUAAGAUCAUCGAUGUAGACUCUGUUGUAAAUUUAGACUCUGUCGAGUCGGCAAGCAGUCUGAGGCCUUUGCGACCAGAUUCAAUUAAAAAUUUGUUGGAUUAA